AUGUCGUCUGCCUCUGCCUCAUCAGCGUGCGGGGUCAUUGAAAAUCUCCGUUUCGUCAUGGAAGGUUCAAACAUUCACCGAACCGCUCUUGUCCUUGUUCAGCGCCAUAUCUCCGAGAAAAACUUGCAACCUUCCAACAUUAGACAACUACGGCGAAUGCCCUUCGGAGAUUUUCUCAACACGUCGGUCGGGUGGGUCGAUCGGCCCGGUGAAGCUAGACUUGGCCACGUCGGAAACCCCAUCGCAAUGGACCCCGAGGCAGACCACGUAACCAAGCGGCGGGCGCCGAUGAGCUGCGAUCGAUGCAAGAGUCGUAAGACGAAGGUGUGCUUCGAAUUUCGCUCCCGAGAGACCCGCAACGGCCUUGUGUGUUAAUCCAAUUCCCGGACCUUGUCAAUUUUGCUCCAGCAUCGGGGCAGCUUGUCAGGUAGAUCCCUCGAGAAGACGGCAGCGUCCAUACUAUCAUGUCUCAGAGGAGGAGUUCAGACUCAUGUCUCGGGCACUGGGACUUCUGCUACCGGGAACACCAAUAAACCUUGAUAGUCUCCGAGAGCUCGUCCACUCGCUUGAAAGAAGGCUACCAAAGCCGACAGAAAAUAUAGUGGAACAGUUGCGAAAGUCUCGAACAAACAUUGGAGCCUCUAACCUUAGAAAUGCCAUUGGUGCUGCGGAACCAGGUGCUGAUAAAGGACUCAAUCCUGGCAGCACAAUUACCAUCGACGAAAUAGAUCAUCUCCAGAAAGAACUGGGCUGGCUUACUAUUGACUCUAAAGGUACUCCUAGGCAUGUCGGUCUGGAGGGAGGUUAUGGCUUCAACGCCGCCGUCAGGUCCAUCAACCCAAGGCAGCGUGCCAACCCAACAUCGUCGGCCAAUGUUCCAAAUGAGCUGGUAACACCGCUCACGGCAGCCCCUCCAUGCCCCCCAGAGGCCCCUGCCUCUGCCUUCUCUGUGACGGGCAUGUUUUUGACGCCCCCGAAACAAAUAUUUCUGCCCAUGAGGGAGCUGUGCCUCCAAUGUGUCGAUCGCUUCUUCCGCGAGAUACACCCCAUCUAUUGGCUUUUCCGUGCCGAAACCUUCUACGCGGCUCUUGAUCGCAUCUAUGCCCGGGAUUCAAAUUACGCAUCCGCCUCUAUGCUCUGCUCGGUUUACGCCAUACUCGCGCUAACAACACGCGACAGUGAGGCCGCAGGCGAGGCGACGUCAUCCAAAUACCUAGCACUUGCGAAAUCGCUGGUCCCGGUGCUCUUUGAUGAGGCCAAUGUCGAUGCCAUACGUGCCUUGUGCAUCCUGAGUAUCGCAUUGCAGAGCUCCAUCAACUCAAACACCGCCUAUGCUUAUAUCGGCGCUGCUUCGAGGAUUGCUCUCAGCCUAGGUCUGAAUCUCUCCAAGAGCAUGAGUUUUCGAAGCAACGUUCAAGGCCAGUCUGAUCUUCGCAUAUUUUGCAGCCUUUACAUGCUUGACCUGGACGUGGCCUUGUGCUACGGCAAUCCUCCAUCAUUAUUGGAGGAAGAUGGGGCAGAGUCUGUUCAGUUUUUGUUGGAACAAGUCUUGGAGCCUGGAAGCAACAUGCCUCCAGACUAUUUGGCUGUUUCAUGUCAGCUGUCUAGGUUGAAGCGAGGUGUGAACAAGUUGCUAUAUUUGAGGCCAAGUGGGAUAGCCGGAGCUGCGGCGGAUCAAGGCAGCAGCAGCUACGCGGCAGCCUCAAUAUCAUCAAUAACGGAUGCUGUUGCAUCUAUCCAACGGUGGUUCAACAGUAUACCCCUUCACCUCAAAAGCAUCACACAGGCCUCUCCUUAUCACCAGCGAAGUAUCGCAACUUUACACCUGCGCUACUGGAGCACACUGAUUUUCAUCACUCGGCCGUUUUUCCUACAUAUCGUUAUGCACCCAGACCGUCGACAGAAAACAGCGCAAAGUACCACAGAAAAAGCCAGAAGUGAGGCAGGCACAUCGUGCGCGGAAGCUGGAUCAGCAAGUGGCCCACGAGGCACAACUCAACGUAUACGCACGGCCAGCGAUGCCAAACGCCAGUACUUCAAAGACUUUUCCGCGCUCUGUCUUGAGGCCGCUUCUCAGAGCCUCCGAAUACUUUGUUAUAUGCGCGAUGCCGAGCUGCUUACUAGCCUCAUGACUCUUGACACGUCAUGCUUGUUGGAGGACCUACAGGUGUUUCUGCUUGCCUUGUCAAAUGGACAAGAUACGGCUGGCAAAGAGAGACAGGAGAAGCGAACCAUUGCCAUCGGUGCAAUUUCCGAACUGCUGCAUACACUACAGGGCAUGGAUCAGAUUUUCUGGACGCGGCACGUUUUGGUCGAGGUCAUGGCGCAGCUGGAAGAACAUGGCCUGAUUAAUGGCGACAGCGGGUUCAAUCCAGGGCAUGAUAGUCCGGGACUGUAUACCUUUGGCAUUGCUUCUCAUCACGAUAUCGUAUCAGGAAUGAUGGAGUCUUAUGGUCAGGAUGGUGACGACCCUUUGUUUCAUCUGCCAGAUUUUUGAGGCUCGUACGAACGCCAUGGUUACCGAAAACAAUGCAUGAUUUCCAAUGAGGUCAAAAUAAGCAGACUUCAGUUGAUUUCAGGUUCUAGUCGAUCAAGCAUCGGAAACAACAAAGCUAUAUGAAUAGUCAACGAACUUUCCCCAUCGUCAUCCGGAACUAGUCAAGCUUCAGUCCGGGCUUUGCCUCCGCGGGCCCAGACCCAUACACAGGUGCCCGCAUAUUCUCCUCUUUGACACUCUCCCCAGUCACGGGGUGGUCAUAAUGGAACGGCACGACUCUGGUAUCUGGCCACAUCAUCCUCUGGUCCUCUUCCAGAACCUCAUCGGGACCAGCUUCGUCCUCGGGGUAUGUCACGGUCUGGAACGGUACGAAACCGGCGACCUUGUAGGCCCAGCCAUGCUCAAAGUCGGCGUGCCAAAAUGGAAAGUACCGCAGCCUCCAGAUGCGCCAGCCACCCCCCUCCUCGAGGUCUUUGAUGUACUCGUUCUCGUAGAGACCGCCCUCCCACCACUGCGUGACGCCUCGUGGGUGCGCCGCCGCCUGUGAAACGUGCACACCCGCCUGCAUCAGGCUGCGAAAACGACCGCGCGCCACGGGUGGCGAGGCGUCGUAGUCGACGUCUACCACGCCUUGCAGCUGCGGGUGGUCGAGCAGGAAGCCGUGGACUGGCCCGUUCCGUCCCCCGGUGAAGAGUUUACCGAAUCGUUCUACGUACAACCGAUGCACGCCCGACUUUUUGUGGUAUCGCCCGCCCAGGAACUGGACGUAUGUAUCUGGUGCGUCGGAGAAGAGGGAGACGACCUCUUUGUAGAGACAUUUAUCCAAGUAGUAACCGUAUUUGUACUGCAGUUUUCGGAUUUCCUCUUGAUCACUCAGUCGGGUAACUUGUUGCUGCAGCUUUCUAACAGUCUCCUGGAGCUGAGCGACCUCAAGUGAAGACAUGACUUAAAAGCAACAAUGCUAAGAUGGAUGGGAAGACCACCUUUCAGUACCAACUAAAGAAAAAGAUAUUAUAAUGACCUUUUAUUGCUGCCACUCCGAGAUACUUUGAAUGCAACAAAUGUCGUGGGUAUGAAGAGGUAUAAA